CUGGAGAAGCCGGAUGGUGUUUUUGACGCCCCUCCAGUCACCAAAUUUGUAAAUGAGGUAAGAAAUCAUAUUUUUGUAGUCGGAAAAAGAAUCGGAAGAGGUCCAAUUUAUUUGCACAAAUUUUACGAUGUCUGAAUCACCCCGAAAAAUCGAACUCCUUUUUGAAAGAGUUGUUUCCUGAAUCGAACAAUUUUCAAAAAAUGGUCCGAUUCAAAAUUAUUCUAAAAAAUCGUGGACCUGGCCCGUUUCGAAAACCCCCAAAAUUGUCGCAUUCCAGAAACCGAAACAGUAGAAAAAAUCUUUAAAAAAUAUGCUUAUUUGUUUCAGACUUCUUCAAAGCUCUCUGCAGUUUCUCCAAAUUGGCGUUGUGGUAUGAUCGAUAACGAAACAUUGGCAAUUUUCAUUCCUGUAAACCAAAAAGUGCUCGGUUUGUCAAAAGAAAAGUUUGUGGACUUGUUGGAAUUCGCUGAAGAUAAACUCGAAGUUCUUCGUGUUUUGGCUGUUUUCGAAAAGCCAGAUUUGUCAUUGACUGAAGGAUUUCCAAGAACUCUUCGCUAUGUCGGAUUCCGUUCAAUCGCUCCAGAAAACCAUCCAGUUCAACUUCCAGCUGACAAAUGCUUCAUCAUGUGCUAUAAGGUUUAA